AUGUCACUAAUAUCUUCGUUACAUACUGCAAAUGUAGAAUCUGUCCAAACCACCUCUGAACAUACUACAGAGAGAAAGACGGUUAGAGUAUCCACUUUGCAGAAGCCGUUGCAUUCAUCUGAAAUGCAUCGCGUGGCUCCGGAAACACCUCGCUCAAUUUCAGAUGAUGUGCACCAACUGAAGAGCAUAUAUUCUACUUACCAGGACUGUGGACAACCUUUAAGUAAAGAGGCCAUAUUCCAUGCAAAACAAAAGUAUGGCAUUUUAAAUACUCCUGCUAAUCAUCGAACACUUGGCUUAGGAGAUUCUGGUAGUGAUUCAGCAGACCUAGCAGCCCGCUUGGCCAGUAGAAAAAUCAAAGGCUUACCCAAUGACUCUGUCGAGUCAACAAUUGAACAGAAGGCUCAAAAUGAGGCGUUUAAGAUAACCUUUUCGAAGAUACCAUUAACGCCACCUGAAGAUGUGCCCAUGAUAGUCAAUUUGGGUCUCAAAGGAAAGCGAGACGUUUUAACAAGGUUAGCUGCACAAAAAGCGCUAUCUCACAAUUUUCCAUUAGAUGAUUCCACCAAUGGCGCCUCUGGUGGUUCUAGCCUUAAAAAAAACAAGCCUUUGGGUUCUCCUAUUGGAAAUGAGUUUGAUGCUAACAUUGUUAAUCCACAGCACCCCGCAGGUUUCAAAUCCCUGGACUUAUCUAAUGUAUUAGAUGGAGCAGAGAGAAAAGCAAUCAGUAGAAUCAAUAAUAGGUUAUAUCCAAAAAAGGUAAAUUUCAAAAAUGGACUACAAACCGGUGGCGAGAGUGGUGCAUCGAAAGCUAACAAAGAGGUUUUUAAGAAAGGAACUUUGGAAAAGCUUGAAUGUUCUGCUGAGCAAUUUGUAGAGUCUCAAACUGGUAAUGAAAGACAAAGGCUAAAUGAUCGUCAAUAUAUGUACGCAAAGAGUGCGGCUGAUGCAGUGAAAAAUCUUGAUCCAAAGGCAUUGGCAGAUCCGGAUUUUGCCUCAAGAGAAGUACUAAGGAAUAUGUACGUGCAGCAGGUAUCAUCUCCAGUGGUAUUACAUCAAGCUCAGAAGCUUGCAGACAAAAAAUUGCAGGAUAUUGACUCGGGUGACACCUAUAGGAUUCUUUUUGGUAACUCAGCUUACAAUAAGAUCGCUGUUAAGAUCGCUUUAGAGCACUAUUCUACUAACCAAGAGCAAAAAAAAAAAAUAUACUUGGGCGGAGGUUUGUGGAUCACUCCAGAAGAAGUCAAUGUUGUAGCCAAAAACUUGAUAUCGCCAGUCAUCAAUGAAAUUGAUGAAAGAGCUAGCAGACAACGUGACGUUGACAAAAGUAUUGAGAGAAGGUCAAGAACUCUUGAUCAGGAAUAUGAGAAUUGGAACUUCAUGGAACGCACAAAAGAGCAGAAUGACAGACAACUACUGUUGGCUAUGGAAUCAAAAGAACAACAGGAAAAAGCUGAUGAGAGGGCUCAGGGGAGGAGAAACUAUGAUUCGAUGGCACAUAAUAUGGACAUCAAAGUACAGCAGAAGGAGAGAGAACUUCAAAACACCAAACAAAAUCGUGAAAAUUUGAGGUAUGAACUGCAAGAAUUGUUGUCCAAAAAUCUGUCAAAAGAAGAUGAUGAAUUGAAAGAUUGGAAUGAUACAUGUGAAAGAGACCUCAGGGAGUCGAAAAUUGAACACAAUAAGGUAGUUAAAUCGCGUCCCAAAAAGUUGAGAAUUUUCAAGAAAGGAUAUGAAGAAUUGUUGGAUGAGCGCAAUAGGAUACAGGCGGAACUGAAAAUGCUCAAAGCUUCAAUCGCUGGGCACAGAACUGCAAUCCAUGACCUAAAAGAAAAUAGUAACGUUGAUGGAGCUUUAUCAGCUAAACAUGGUCAGAAAAUUAGUAGUGGAGAGCCCUUUUUAGACGUUACUAUGAAUGACCCGCUGAUUAUUUCUGCAGGAAAGGCAAUAAAAGAAGCAGAGCUAGCUACCGAAGAGUGCAUGUUGAGGCAAUUGCAAGUGGAUGAAAUGGCUAUAAUCAGGAGUAUUGAGUCACAUGAGUAUGAAAGGAAACUCAGAAAGGAAAGCGAAACAGGUCUUAGGUCUAUGGACAGCACCAAAGGGCUAGGGAGUGAUUCAGGUAUUUGUCAAGAUGAUAUGAUGAACGCAGCGGCCACUAAUCAAAAAAUGGCCCGCGAAAGGGAAAGCACCUCUCCACAAGCUGCCUUCAAAAGUCGGUUCCUCUCUACAUUCAAUACCGGGAAAGAUGUAGAUAGUUCUGCCAGUGCCAGGUCAGUUACUGGUGUUAGCGGUGUUCUGGAUGAAAGACCUGAAACUUCAAAGUUUAAUAAGGAAAUUGAUUUAUCUGAAAGUGUAGCGAAGCCAGAUAAAGUCCAUGAAAGAGCUGAUGGUACCACUGAAGGUUCCGUCUUAAUCAAGAAGGAUAAUUUAUCAAGGCCAGCCGAAUGCACUCCAGGAAACAUAACAAUAGAGCAAUUUUUGUUCAGUAAAAACGGUAAUAAACAAAAACCAUCUAAAACAGAAUCUGUAACGAUGAAGAGUGAGCCUACGGUAGACUCAAUGGGGUUAGAAAAGGAUGAUGAACUGACACAUCGUAACGACAGAGGUCGUCGAUCCUUCAGUGGAUUUUCUCAGGGUUCAGUGGAAAAUGAUUACAGUAAUGAAGUUACGGAUGAUCAAGACGAAUCAGACAUAAGAGUUCGCGACUCCAAUGAUUCCCAUACCUCUCCUAAAGAAAGUUUUUUCAAAGAGAUUAUCUAA